CGUCCAAUUGAAGGUCAACCAAAAUUUGAUUCCGAGGUAUAUGCAUUCUCCGUAGAGGCCUUUUGCUCAAUACAAAAUUUAGUUCGUGGUCUCCCAAUUAUGUCAAGCCUGAUUCCUAUCGAGUUAUACAUUUUCAAAACAACCAUGAUGCGCUCUAUUAAGAAACUAAUCGGCACUCCACGAGAUUCGGCCCUUCCUGUACCUGUGCAAAACACAACUUUGCAGGACCAGGAAUUUAAAAAAGAAAUUUUUAUUGAUCCGGUUGGCGUUCCCGAUGAUGAUCUUAUUCUUGAUCCCAUAGCUGUUGUUCCUGUUACCGUAGUUGAUGUUGUUGUUGAUGUUUCUGGUGACGAUCAACGAGACCAGACUGUCCAAGCAAAAUAUUCAAGUGCUGGUGUCAUUUUUUAUGGAUGCAUGGAAACUUUUGGGACGUCAGAAAGUGACGUUGUUGUCCUUUAUAAUUCUGAGGAUGUUGCACAACUGGAAGACAACAAUUACCCAUCAUGGUCGUCAACCGUUAAAGCUACGUUGCAAGCUCAUAAGCUUCUCGGCUUUGUGGAAGGAACGGAAGUUAUGCCAUCGCCGACCAUACUGGAUGAAAAGGCCCCUGCCAGCGACAAAGGGCUUGUGUUAAAGGCAAAUCCUGCCUACGAUCUAUGGAUCAUCAUUGAUGCUCAACUACGUGCUUCUCUUCUUGCACUUCUCUCACCUGCCGUUAAGAAUCUUGUAAAAGGGCAAUCAAGCAUGCAAAAAUACCUUGAUGAAGCGCUGCAAAUUGUUAACUCUCUUGCCCUUGCUCGUGAACCUGUCUCUGAACAAGAUGUUAUACUUAACGUAUUGCGUGGUCUUCCUCCCGAAUAUGCAUCUCUCAAACAGAAUGUUCGGACAAAUAUUGCCACUGUCACGCUUAAUAGUAUCUCAUCAUGGUUGAUUUCCGAAGAACUCAACAUCCAACUAGAACAGAAGCUUCAACUCCGUUCGUCCUCCAGCUCCUCCACAGAUCUUCCAACCGCAUUGUUCAAUGAAGAAUUUUCGGGCUCCUCCUCUGCCGGCACCAAUCCUCAAGCUUUUUACACUGCAUACUCUACAGAUCCUGGUCCAAAUUGGCACUUAGACUCUGGAGAAUCUACCCAUGUGACUUAUGAUUUAUCCAGAUUGCAAAAUCCUUAGUCAUAUUAUGGCACCAACUCUGUCUCCACAGCUGGGGGGCAAUCUCUACCGAUUUCUCAUAUCGGCUCAGGCAAAGUUCAUUUGGCCAUAAAUCAUUUCUUUUAUCACAAGCUUAAUCUUUUUACUGACAAUCGAUGAAGAUUGGGUGUUAUAUCUUGAAUUUUUCUAAAAUUUGCAACAUCUCAACUAUUAAUAGAGACCUCCUAUUUGUAUUUUUCAAACUGAUGGGUGUAUUCCACCUAGAACCAGUCAAAGAAGACAUUCAAAUUUCCAACCGGUCAAGGUUGACUUUCCAAGAUGGGGGACCUGAAUCGUCAGUAAAACAGUGUUGGGUUG